UAAAAAUUAAAAUGCAGAGGCAGAGCUGUAAAAGUUUUUAUUAUAUCAUGUUAAACGUCAUUAAAAAAUUAUAUAUAUAAUUUUAAUGACGUGAUGCUGAGCAUACCAAAGAUUAUUGAAAUAGAUUAUCUAUAUAUACAAUAAUGAACAGUCCAAAUGAUCUCUUAUCAUUAUUGUUCUAAAUUAUUGGAAUUUAUCAGUAUUUAACGCAUUCUAUUUUUUUUAAAAAAAAACCUUCAGAUAUAUAAAAUAAGAACAAUGUUUAGUAAAUUUUUACCUUAUUGUACAACGGGAAUAGUUAUUAAAGGUUUUGGAAGAGGAUCCAAAUCUCUAGGAAUUCCAACAGCAAAUCUUCCAGAGGAUGUUGUUGAUGCAUUACCCAAAGAAUUUGGAACUGGAAUUUACUAUGGAUGGGCAUUAUUAGAAAAAUCGAUUUACAAAAUGGUUAUGAGCAUUGGCUGGAAUCCAUUUUACAAAAAUGAAAAAAAAUCCAUGGAAGUCCAUUUGAUUCAUGAUUUUCCAAGUGAUUUUUAUGACAAGAGUCUUAAAAUUAUUAUCACGGGUUAUAUAAGACCCGAGAAAGAUUUCUCAUCUGUUGAUGACUUAAUAAGUGAAAUACAAAACGAUAUUGAAAUCGCCAAAAAGAAGCUCGAUGAACCAAAAAUGUGUGAAUACAAGAAUCAUACAUUUUUUCAAGAAUAGUACUGUAUAAAGUAACAAAUAAGAUUUUUAAUCUAUUUAAAAAACAAAACAGAUAUUAAAUGUAUAUAUAUACAGAAAGAAGAUAAUUUUCUAAUAGAAAAAAGUAAAAAUUUUAUAACUCAAAUUAAAAUAUAAAAAUGAAAACAAAAAGUUAAUAUUUAAAUAUUUCUUAUAUUCCUGUUGGAGAAUGAUUCAUCUCAGGACAAGGUGGACGGGAAGACAUUUUAUUUUAUAAUUAAAAAAAAAAUAGGAAUAUAUUUUAACAACGAUCUUUUAACAAACAAAUAAGCUUUAGAAUCCGAACAGAAAAACGAAUUGAAAAAGAAAUAAAAGAUAAGAUAAAAAAUAAUAUUACUUCUUUAUAUUAUAUAAAGAUCAUAAAGUAUUAUCAAAAGUACAUUAGGUUAUGAGAAAUCAAUGUUUAAUAACAUUUGAGUUUUAAUUAUUCUCUUGUAAUUAAAUUUAAUACGAAAUAAAUUUUAGGGCAUAUAAUUAUUAUUUUAAGACAUAACAGCUCUUGCUCUAAAAAAAUAAUUAGCUGAUGUUGCGAGGAACUGAAACAAGAAAACAAAUAAAUUAUAAAUAUAUGAUUAACUUUU